AUGGCCCCAACGGCGUGUUUCAACUGUAAGGAGGCUCGGGCGGUCAUCAUACGCCCGAAGAACCGACACAAACUAUGCCGGGCGUGCUUCCUGGAGGUCUUCGAGACUGAAGUGCACGAGACGAUCACCGGGACGAAGCUAUUCUACCCGGGCGAGCGAGUCGCGAUCGGAGCCAGCGGUGGCAAGGACAGCACGGUUCUUGCAGCAGUCCUGAAGACCCUGAAUGAGCGAUAUGGAUACGGCCUAGACCUAUGUCUCUUGUCCAUCGACGAGGGAAUCCGCGGUUAUCGUGAUGACAGCCUGGAAACCGUGAAGCGCAAUGCGGUGCAGUAUGACAUGCCGCUCGAGAUCUUGGGAUACGGCGAGCUGUACGGAUGGACAAUGGAUCAAGUGGUGGCACAGAUUGGCAAGAAGGGGAACUGCACAUACUGCGGUGUCUUUCGGCGACAGGCCCUCGACCGAGGCGCUGCGAAAUUGGGUAUCAAGCACGUCGUGACUGGCCACAAUGCGGACGACGUAGCGGAGACUGUGAUGAUGAACUUGCUACGCGCCGACCUGCCCCGACUCUCUCGUGGAACCAGUAUCGUGACUGCUUCCGGCGCAUCAGAUAUCAAGCGCAGCAAGCCACUCAAGUACGCAUAUGAGAAGGAGAUCGUGCUCUACGCCCACCACCGCCAACUCGAUUACUUUUCUACCGAAUGUAUCUACUCCCCAGAGGCAUUCCGCGGCAGUGCCCGUACACUGAUCAAAGACCUGGAGAAGAUCCGCCCCAGUUCAAUUCUGGAUAUCGUCAAAAGCGGCGAGGAUAUGGCUGCACUCGUGCCACGGGACGUUAACCAGGCCGGCAACAAAUGCGGAUCCACUGUGGCAGCCGAUGACGAUAUUGGUGGCUGCGGAAGCCAGAAUGGACGAUCCAGCGGGGGCGAGAUGGCUGCUAUGGAGAAGACACUUGUCGAGAAUGAGUCUGCUGAGUCCCGCGAGACUGAGAUCAAACUUCCGAAGGGCCGGCCGUCGAAUGCCUCCCAACAAAAGGGGGUCAAAAAACAAACCUUGGGCCACUGCGAACGCUGCGGCUACAUCUCAAGUCAGCGCAUCUGCAAAGCGUGCAAUCUGCUGGACGGUCUGAACCGGAACCGGCCCAAGACUGCAAUUGAAGUUAGCGUCAAUCUGGAGGAUGAGGAAACCAGCUCAGCACUCUUGAAGCAAAUGGAACGGGCUCAGUUGACCAACGGGUGA